GAACACUUUUUCAUUUUGGAAAGAGAGACACCCUUUAAAAGAGCUCAUGUAAACUAGUAUGACAGAAGUGAUGUAUUCUGCUCAGAGAAAGUAACAGGACACAUACUCUCUCACACCUAUAGUCUAGCUGACCCUGGGAGAUUCGCAUGUGUCCCCAAAGCACUGAGGAACUUCAAGCAGCUGCUCCUCUCUGCUACGGAAAGCCUGGAGCACAUCGAAAGCAAAUGUCUUUUCCUCUUAUGUUCUCUUUGGAAGCCACUCUCUUUACCCUGAAAGCUCUGGGUUCCUUUGGGAUCCCACAUUAGAGGAUACAUCACCAAAACCAGGACUUCUGUUCCGGCUCACGUGGUCUUUGGAUUUAAAUCAGAGGCUACUGCUUUAUAUUUUCAUUUCAAGUACAUAGGACUUUGCACAACAGACAGGCUAUUUGUCUCAUCUAAUCAACUUUGAAGUCUUCAAGAGGAUUGCAGAGUGUUUGGGACUUUUACAGCCUACAGUGUCUCCGAACAGACAGAGCAGAUUAAUUGGGGGCUUGGGAACAGAGCCCUGUCUUCAGUAACAUUUAGGACACAUACCAGCAAACAGCAGGGGAUUUACACACCAAGAGCAGACAGGGAGAUAUUAGGAGAGGAGAAAGGGUGAGGGGAUCCUAGAGCCAUCAAAAGAAGUAAUGACUACCAGAGAGAAUUUGUAAAUCGACAUAAAAAACAUCUGAAGGAUACUGAAAUAUUACUGCUGAGGAAGGUGAAAUUAUCAGAAGCCUACAGCAAAAUUAGGUGUGUGCUCUUGGUGCUACCAUGAAAGUCCCUGCACUGGUCUUGAUGGUUUUGCUCCUGGUUUGUGAUAUGUUCCCUUUAUUGGAAUGCAGCACUGGAGUUCAGGAGUUUGACAACAGUGAUGAAGGCCCAGAGCCUGGAUUUCUUUCAGGCUCACGCACCCGCCGGGCCCCAGAAGUCCCAUCCCAGGACAAGUGCUCUUAUACCUUCAUUGUUCCUCAGCAAAAGGUCACAGGUGCUAUUUGUGUUAAUUCAAAGGAACCUGAGGCUGUACUGGAGAAUCGGGUGAAUAAGCAGGAACUGGAACUUGUUAACACUGAGCUCCACAAGCAGAAAAGGCAAAUUGAAACUCUACAGCAGCUCGUAGAAGUGGAUGGUGGUAUUGUUAAUGAGGUGAAGCUCUUACGCAAAGAAUCACGCAACAUGAACUCUCGCGUGACACAACUCUAUAUGCAGCUUCUCCAUGAGAUUAUCCGCAAGCGGGACAAUGCGCUAGAGCUUUCUCAACUGGAGAACAAGAUUCUUAACCAGACAUCAGAGUUGUUGCAGCUUUCGAACCGUUACAAAGAUCUGGAACAUAAGUACCAGCAUUUGUCAUCUCUGGCAAACAAUCAGUCAGCUCUCAUUGCUCUACUUGAAGUACAGUGUCAGAAGGGACCCCCGGUGGUGGCACCUAGACCACUGCCCCAACCCCAGCCACAACCUCAACCCAGGCCCUCUCCACCUAAUAACAAGCCGUACCAACCACCUAUGUUUAAUCGCAACAAUCAGAUAACCAAUGAGAUUCAAAGUGAUCAAAACCUCAAAGCACCACCACCUCCACUACCCACAAUGCCAACUGGCACUCACAGCCCAUCUACAACCAACAAGCCCUCUGGUCCCUGGAAAGACUGUCUGCAGGCCCUGGAAGAUGGCCAUAGUAACAGUGGUAUGUAUCUAGUGAAACCUGAGAAUAUCAACAAGCUUAUGCAGGUGUGGUGUGACCAAAAACAAGACCCUGGAGGCUGGACAGUCAUCCAGAGACGCAUGGAUGGCUCUGUGAACUUCUUCAGGAACUGGGAGACAUACAAGCAAGGCUUUGGGAAUAUAGAUGGAGAGUACUGGCUAGGACUUGAGAACAUUUACUGGUUGACCAAUCAGGCUACUUACAAGCUUCUGGUGACACUGGAGGACUGGGCUGGGCGGAAAACAUUUGCAGAAUACGCCAGCUUCAGGUUGGAACCUGAAGCUGACUUCUACAAACUACGUGUUGGACGUUACCAUGGCAAUGCUGGCGAUUCCCUUACCUGGCACAAUGGCAAGCAGUUCACUACGCUGGACAGAGAUCAUGAUGCAUACACAGGUAACUGUGCUCACUAUCAGAAGGGAGGCUGGUGGUAUAACUCCUGUGCCCACUCCAACCUAAAUGGUGUGUGGUAUCGAGGCGGGCACUACCGCAGCCGCUACCAAGAUGGAGUAUACUGGGCUGAAUUCAGAGGAGGAGCUUACUCCUUAAAGAAAGUGGUGAUGAUGAUCCGUCCCAACCCUAACACUUUUCACUGAAUAACAUACAAACCAGAGGAAAAGACUAUUCCCUAACAGCCACACACAUACAUAUAUAGCUUACACAUACAGAAAGCCUAAAAUGUUCAUAUUUAUGGUAAAUGGAAUCUUUGGGGAGAUAAAUCCUCCCAAAAUGUAUUUGGAGAAAAUAAAUCCUCCUGACAUCUGGAAAACCUGACCUUCAUAUUCUACUGGUCAUAACAGUUGCCGCUUUGUUGUCAUUUCGAGAAAUAAUUUCCAAUACAAAUUUGGCUUUGCUUACCUAAACAACAAAAAACACCACCUGUUCUCAUGUAAAAAAAAGUUAUAGUUAAGCUUAAUUAUUAGUUAAGCAUAGAUUAAUCUAUUUUUGAGUUGUCACAUUAAAUAUGUGAGAGUACAGCUUAGAAAUAGUGCUUUAAAAGCUAUUGUUCAUGACCUAAGACACAGGAUGCACAAUCUGGUGGUGAAGCAAACAAGAAAAGAAUAUCCUGAUAAAAUAAGUGAUUGAUUAUUUAUUUUAAUGAUUACAAAUCACUGUCCCAUUUCUUGAAAAAGAUAAAUAUAAUAAAAUAAGUCCAAAAGACCACAUGAUCAAUAGCAGACUGAUACCUUACCACUACCAGGAAGAGGCUGCAGAGAAAUUUCUGAAACUGAACACUGGUAUUGAUGAAAUGUUAAAGCCCUGAUAUAUUCAGUGAAUGCCAGCUCAUUGUUGUAUAUGCUGUGUUUAGCAGUAGAAAAAAUGCCAAAGAAUAAGCAAAAGUGUGAGUUGGCAUCCACAAGGGCUACAACAGAUGCUUAUCACAAAUUUAAUGAGCUAUACAACAAAAGGCAGGGAAACAUUUCUGGUGCUAUCUAAAAAACUCUGAUUCAUAUAUUAUCUGGAAUGUAUUUAUUCUUCCUUGAAGUUUAAAGACAAUUAAGAAACACAACAAUACUACCAUAUAAAUGUAAUAAAGGAACACAUAAGAACAAUUAAGGUACUUUUUACUAUUACUAUUGUUAAAUGAAAUCCAAUAAUCAAUAAUAUGAAUAAUUUGAAUUAUGCAAGAAAGGUGUAUUAAAAAGUAUGUUAAAAACCUGACUCAAGGCACAGUGGUUUCUACCAAUUCUAUCACCUCCUGGCUAAGUUCCUGAUCAUAUAUCUUGAUAUAAAAUGAAGUUUAUACCAUGUCAUUAUCAAGAUUAGGUAUUUUUGUGCUUGUUCUAGAUUUUACUAGUUCAGCUUUCUUUUGAAUAACCAAAAAAAGUGUACAUAAUGUACAAAUUUCAACGUUGGAACCAAUGAGACCCAGCAUAUUUCUGUAUAUAUAAUUGUGGAGAAAAUGUUUGUACUUUAAGUGUAAUAAAUGUACUUGCAUCAUCAAAAUGUUGCUAUAAUAAACAAAAAAACAAAAAUG